AAAUCAAACAGUCCUGAUGUCCUCUUCAUUUGCUUUGUAGACUGGAGUGGGCAUUUACAAGCUGCCACCUAAUGACUUAUAGAAGACCAAAAGAAAAGUUUCCACUUCUUCUCUUUACUCCCCACCCCCACCCCCUCAAACUACUCAACCACAGACAAGAAUGUCAUUCCUACUGAAGACUUUGGUUGGGGGCCAAAUGAAGAACCUGAGUGGUGGAGGGAGUGAGGAAGAAAAGAAGGAGGAAGGAGAUGGGAAGGAGACGGCUGCAUCCAAAGGGAUGACUCGUGAGGAGUUUGAGGAAUAUCAGAGGCAGCUGGUGGAGGAAAAGAUUGAAAGAGACAAGGCAUUUGCACAGAAGAAGGCUGAGAGGGCCAGCUUACGGGUUCUCAUGAGAGGCAAAUAUCGGCUACCGCAGAGUGAGCAUGAUGAAGCACAGAUCCAGAUGGCUGGUGGGGAUGUUGAUCUCCCUGAAGACCUUGCGAAGAUGGUGGAGCAGGAUGAAGAGGAAGAAGAGGCCAGUGACAGCUUUUUUGGAAAGAUACAGAAUAUGGACCUGGACCUGGACUUAGAGGUCAUCAAGACUAAGGCUCAGACAACCAUAACUGAGAUGAAACAGGCUGCUGAGGAAAAAUGUGCCCUAAUGUAAUGGGUGUCUUAAGUGCACUAUUCUCAAAAAUAGAACUAUCCUAACAACUGGUCAUCUUUAUUAGGGCCAACAUGUGCUGUGCCUAUCCGAUGCAGAUAACAAAAGAAUUUUGGGGCCCUCUAUGGGACCUGCUCCUCAUUCUGUAUAUACACCUUUCUUUGUGCACAUGUUCACACAUGUGUGCCUGCAUGACUGAGAUGAGAUUUAAAAAUUAAAAAAUAGCAAGCU